AUGACGCGCACAGUUCUCGUCAUCGCCGCGGCGUGUCUGCUGGCGCCACCAUCGCUGGCGGCUCCAUGGCUCAGGACUCGCGGCCACGGACGCAUCCUCAACGGCACGCCGGCCGACAUCGCAGACUUCCCCUGGAUGGCCUUCUUGCAGAUUCUGGACAGCACCGGAUGCGGCGCAUCGAUCAUCAGCAGCACGUGGGCGCUGACGGCGGCGCACUGCGUACUCUCUGCCCAGACACCCACCGCCCACACGAGCUUACGUGUCGGCUCGUCCAGCCGCGAAAGCGGCGGCGUUCGGCUCGACAUCGCCCAGUUGAUCAUGCACGAGGACUUCCAGUACCCCACUCAAUCACACCCUGAGAUCGACUAUGACAUCGGGGUCGUCCAGCCUUCUGAGCCGUUCCCACUAGGCUCGAACAUACAAGCGGUCAACCUCCCUGCCGACGGAUACGACCCUCCAGCAGGUCUGCCAGCCACCGUCUCUGGCUGGGGCCAAACCUUGAGUGAAUACAUCCCCGUCUACCUGCAGCGGGCGGACAUGCACGUCGUGGACCGCGACACCUGCCGUGAAAUGUUGGCCGACGUGGCGCCGGUGACGCUGGGCAUGGUGUGCGCGGGGGACCCCACCAUGGCCACCUGCACUGGGGAUUCGGGCAGUCCCCUGGUCUACGGGGACACCCAGAUCGGCAUCGAUUCCUGGAGCAGGCCGAACUGUUUGAGUGCCGCUACCGUCUACACCAGCGUGGGCUACUACAGAGCCUGGAUCAGGAACAACACAGGAGUUUAA